AUGAAUAAAUAUAGUACUGAGACAGUAAGAGAUAAUGAAUUAGAAAGAGAUGAAUUAAUGGAAGAAAUAAUAUAUAAUUAUAGUGAGCUAGAUAGUCAGGAUAUGGAUAUUGAGUCAUACGUGCAUACGAAGCAAAUGACUAUACUAUUAGAAGGAUCUGAGAUAAGAAAAAGCAUAGACAAGAAGAAGUGUUUUAUCUCAGAUAAAGAAAAGAACAACCUUCCUUUGGGCUUAAAAAUACUUGCAUUUACUAUAUACCAGCAGAUAAAUAGAAUAAUCAAAGCCAUUCUAUCUCAUAGAAUGGAGAUGCCUAGUACCAGCAAUCCUUCAGAGAAAAGCACGAAAAUCCUCAAGAAAACUGACUUUCUACUAAAACAGCUAGAUCUACAGAAGACAUGCAUCUUCUCACAGGAAAUAAUGCAAGACUUGAAGUAUUUAUACUGCAAGGACCCAUAUACAGUAGAAUCCUGCAUACUCAGAAUAGAAGAUGAACUAAACAGUCCAUGGUGCAAGACAGAAAUACUUAGUAGACUUGAAAGAAUAAUGGCAGAGCCAACUAAAAAGGACAUGAAAUAUAUUCGAAUAGCAAUUAAUAAGCUAGAUAUUUUGAGUGCCCAAGACUAUAUAGCCCAGCAAGUUAAUAGGCAGAUUUUCAUUAGAAAUGACACAAAGGCAAUCCUGCAAGAAAUCAUCAAAGGCUCCUAUACGAUAAAAAGUGAGUUGCAAAGUGCAUUUACAGUGGAUAUAAAUGAAGAUCCAGAUGAAAACAUACAGAUCCUUAUAAAAACUAUUGCACAUAUAUUGCAUGGAACAGAAAGACCAGAAGAAUUAUUGUACGGAAGGUAUGUGCCAUGUCUAAAAGACUUUAGGGAAAAAGCAGCAAAAAAGAAUCUCUCAAAGGAAUAUGCAGAGACUGUCUGCUAUUACAGCCAUGAAAGAAUAAUCUCAGAGGUUGAAAAAAAUGACAAGUUAAUUGGUCAAAUAAAUAUCCAGAAUAGUGAAUGCUGCCUCUUACAGCAGACUAUGAUGGUGUUUAAUAGUAUCUCAGAGAAAAGUGAAGUAAAAGAGCAAACUAAGAGUGUAGAGCAUGAUGUACAAGGCAAUAUACCAGAACAUCUUGAGAUAAAGGAUAAUGAGUAUUAUUUAUCACAUCAAACAAGUGGUGAUCUAGACAAAGAUAUAAUAUCCCACAUAAAAUCACAUCCUAUAAGACACGACAAAGAGUUAAAUGAAAUAUCUGCAAGCAAAGCAAUAGAAACCCUAAAGACAAUAGGAAGCCUUUUGGUUAAGUGCCUGGUAGAAGACGACAAGGAGAAAGCCCUUAAAGAUCUGAAGGCAGCAUAUAAAAGGAUUAAUUCUGUUCCACUCAAGAUAAUUGAGGAGUAUAUGCCAAGAAUAUGGAUGGAUUUACUUCUCAAAAAUGAUUUAUAUAUUUCCAUCACCAAGGAAAGGAAUACAUAUAUGGGCAUAAAAAUAGUUCAAGCAGUGCAACAAUACCGCACGGAUAUGCUACAUAUAUUACUAAGUGUCUUUAUGGAGGCAUCAGUCGUUUAUUCUCUUUCUAUGGGAAAAGCCUUAUUAAAAACCAUUAUGCCUGUUUAUAUACAGGCCUUCCAGCCAAAUACAAUUGCAAGGAAACAGAGCCUUUUAAGGAACAAUAGGAGCAGAUUUGCAGGGUGGUUGGCCGUGCAAUACUACAGACUAAAAUGCAGCAUAUUCAAAGACCAUGAUAUAACCACUGUCAAAGAGGAUAUCUUUGGUGAUGUAUCGCAGUUUUUGCCUAUGAAGAAUAUUCUAUCAAUGAUACUGGAUAUAAUUAAUGAAAAACAACAAAGGGAUCUUUCCAUUAUAAAUGAAGAACUGGUUAAGCACGGAUGCAUUGGUAUUAGGCUCCUGAAUAAGAUGAAUAUGGCAGCAAAAGUAGAAUAUAUACGAAAUUCAGAAUUAGGCAAGGAGACACAUGAAGGACUAGAUACUACAGAAAUAAGAGAGAAGCUAAAGACCAUUAUCCAUACGGAAGAGUCUCCAAAAAUAAAUAUGAAGCUAUACUAUCACGACUGCAUCACGAAAUCAGAAAUUAAAAAAGCUGCAAAAAGUCUUCAUAAUUUUCCUUCCUUUCCUUUGCAGCCAAGAAAGAGAGGAGAAAUAAUUGAAAUUACCCCAAGACCACUAAGAGUAACAGGGCACCAAGGUGAUAUCUAUAGAAAGUUAAACAACUAUCUUCAGUUACCAGACAUUGAAAAAGACCCAAAAGUCAUAAAGAAAUUUCUUUGUGAAAUCUCACAGUAUUUAAGAAUAGGAAUACACUCCAUUAUUAAGAACCAGCAAACAGAUUGCACCCCAAGAAACGCUAUAAGAUUUAAGAAUCCUGUGCUAAAACCAAAAUACAAUUUUGUGACUAAAUCACUUGAAGUACUAGGCAGUGCACUGUAUGAUGACUUUAUGCGUUUAGUAGAAGUAGUAAAGAAUUCAAUUAUUUCUUGUGCUACAAGAAUAGACAGUUAUAUUACGACUAGAUAUUCUUCUCAGAAUAAUUCUUUGCCUCUUAGGGCAUGGUCUGCUUGCAAAAGGAAGUAUUUCUACUGGUUUUUUGAUCCACCCCAUAAUAUGCUGUAUACAUAUAUAGACAGAUCCAUCAUUCUUAAUAAUAGAAUUACCCAAAUAAAUCACCCUGCUGCCACCUGCAUCUAUAAUAUUCCUGAAAUUCUGCCAGUGACAAAGGAAAAAAAGCUUAUUAGACAGUUAAAAAGGAAAAACACAGAAACAAAGCAGGAAAUACUUCUGAAAAGAGCAAUAAACUCCUUCUACAUGAUCUCCCAAAGGGAUCCAAACCGCAUAAAUAUAAAAAAUGCAGAUUUAUCCCAGGUAUAUGACUAUAUGCAAAUACUAGCCCAAAACAUUCAAGUAAAAAUAGCACUACUUAGUCAGAAAGACAGUGCUCUUUUUAGAUUUAGUGAGUCACAUGCAGAUUGUGAUACUGAUAUUCAUGAUAUUCAGUUUAAUCCCAGCAGCAAUUUACAAAAGAGUCUACAUAAACUUAAAACCCCCAUAUUAUCAUGCCUAGCCUUUGUACUAGAUAUAAUUAUUGCAUAUUUUAUUUGGGUCUCCAUGGAGUUCAUAAUGAAAAAUAUUAUAUCCUAUGUGUAG